CCCUGCGAGAGAUGCAGCCCGAAGAGGAGGAGGAGGAGGAGGAGGAGGGAGGGGAUGUGGCUGGAGUAGUGUGUUCCAUUGAUUGGAACACGUUUGGCUCCAUCGGCGGGCGGAAGAAGAAGAAGGCGACCAAGUCCCGGGGCAAGAAGCGGGCCAAGAAAAGCAGUGGGUUCCGAAAGGGGAAGGAGAAAGUGGUGGAGGAGGAGGAGGAGGAGGAGGAGGAGGAGGAGGAGGAGGAGGAGGAGGAGGAGGAGGAGGAGGAGGAGGAGGAGGAGGAGGAGGAGGAGGAGGAGGAGGAGGGGGAGCAGGCGGAGACAGAUAGCGAGGGCAGCGGGCCAGAGGAGCCUGCAAAGAGGACCAAGGGGAGCAACCCGUGGGACUGCAGUGAUGGGGACAGUGGGGAGGACGAGGAGGAAGAGGAGGAGGAGUAGGAAGAAGAGGGGGAGUCGGAGG